AUGCUUCGUCACCCCACUUUGCCGAAUCAACGCACAUUUGCUUCACUUUUCGCAACUUGCGCUUCUUUAUCAAAAUUUUACUUUGGGGUUCAGCUUCAUUGUGUUGCUUAUAAGCUUGGGGUGUGGUGUGAUGCUUUUUCGGCGUCUGGGUUGAUUAAUUUUUAUUGUAAAAUAAGGGUUUGUGGCAGUGCACGUAAGGUGCUUGAUGAAAUGCCUAAACGAAAUGGGGUGUGUUAUUCGACGCUGAUUGUUGGGUUUGCGCAGAAUAUGAGGGCCAUUGAUGCAUUGGGGUGUUUUGGUGAGAUGAGGAGGUGGGGUUUGGUUUCUUGUAUGUAUAGCUUGUCGGGUGUUUUACGCGCUGUUGGGGAGGUUGCGGCGGCUGAGCAAUGUAGGAUGAUUCAUGGGCAUUGUGUUGUUAGUGGGCUUGGGUGGAAUGUGGUUGUGGGGACUGCGCUGGUUGAUGGAUAUGGGAAAUGUGGACUUAUUGUUGAGGCGAGGGGGGUUUUUAAUGAGUUGUUGGGAGAUAUGAGUAUUAUCGGGUGGAAUGCUAUGAUGUCGGGUUAUGCACAACAAGGGGAUAAGGAUUUAGUGGUGGAGCUUUUUGGGUUAAUGGAGGGAAAUGAGAUUGUGCCGGAUGAAUAUACGUUUUUAGCGAUCUUGACUGCUUUUAGCAAUGCGGGUUUGGCGAAUGCGGUUAAGUAUUGGUUUGAGAAGAUGAUAUUGGAUUAUGGAUUGGAACCGUGGAUAGAGCAUUACACUUGUUUAAUUGGUGUGUUAGGUAGAGUUGGACGGAUUGCGGAUGCAGAGAGGAUUGCUUUAACAAUGCCUUAUGAAGCUGAUGCUGCUGUUUGGCGAACAUUGUUAUCAAGUUGUGCUCACCAUGGUGAAGCAGACAUGGCUUUAGUGAUGAGCAAGCGAUUGUUGGAACUUAAUAUGUAUGAUGAUUCAGCUUAUGUCAUUGUAUCAAAUGUGUUAGCAAGUGCAGGAAGGUUGGAUGAAGUAAGGGAAGUGCGGAAGUUGAUGAAACAUAGGAGGGUGUCAAAAGAGGGUGGAAAGAGUUGGAUUGAGCUGCCAGGGGAGGUUCAUGUUUUCAUGGCGGGGGACAAGACACAUGUAAUGACUAAAGAAAUCUACGCCAAGUUGGUGGAAUUAAGGGAAGAAAUUCUGAAAUUAGGGUAUGAGCCUGUUAUAGACGAUACUUUGCCAGAAAUGGAUAAAGUUGUAAAGAGCGAAGAGCUUUGGUAUCAUAGCGAGAAGUUGGCACUGGCUUUUGCGCUCGUGAGCGGGGCUGUACCACCUGGAAAGGCUUUAAGGAUUGUGAAGAAUUUACGAAUAUGUAGGGAUUGUCACAUGGCUUUUAAGUAUAUCAGCAUGGUAGUAAAUAGGGAGAUCAUAGUAAGGGAUAGUAACCGAUAUCAUAAAUUCUUUAAUGGUAAUUGUAGUUGUGCAGAUUUUUGGUAG